AUGAUCAGAGAUGUGGAGAGGAUUUGUUCUAGAUGUGCAACUUGUAAACAAUCCAAAUCUAAGGUUCAACCUCACGGUUUGUACACUCCUCUCCCUAUUCCAUCUCAUCCCUGGACUGAUAUAUCCAUGGAUUUUGUGCUUGGAUUGCCUAGGACUAGAACUGGAAAAGAUUCUAUCUUUGUGAUAGUUGAUAGGUUCUCAAAAAUGGCUCAUUUUGUGGCAUGUCGUAAAACUGAUGAUGCAUCUCAUGUAGCUGCUCUGUUCUUUAAAGAGAUUGUUAGAUUGCAUGGCAUGCCGCGCACCAUUGUUCUGAUCGUGAUACAAAGUUCCUGA